AUGGAGGAGGAUCGUCGGAGUUCGCCUGCUUGUAUUGAGGUUCUGGUUGCAGGCGGCGGAAAUGUCGUCAAAUGGAUCGAUAUAUCUGUGCCUUCUCCUUCUCCUUCUUCUUCCAUUAUCGGUACUAAUUCAAGUGAAGACAAUGGUCGUGUUCUGCUCCCGUCGACUGAAGAAGACUAUGCCUCUAGCUGUGAAAUUGAGGAAACUGAGAUCUCUUUCAUUUGGAAAAUCAACAAGACGAGCCCAAAUGUCCUUGAGCUUCUUCAGCUCUCUGCUAAGUCGGGAUUUCCAAUGACCGGGCUGCGUUUCGUCUUUGCUCAUAAUCUCUCUCCCUUUGCUUUUGUAUUCGCCGAAGAGGGUAGUGAUAGUGUUAGUGGUCGAGUCGUCUUCUUUCUUUACGCCCUCACGCCGUCUGGUGUUGUCUACGUCCUUAAACUCUCAAAUACGCAAGCCUAUAAGUCUGGCUCAGUCUUCCCGCUUGAUCAUCUGAUUCACUUGGAUGUUCGGCCUUACUUGAACGAAACUCAUGUAACCAGUGUCGCUGCAUCCCCUGGCUUCCUUUUUCUUGGGAGAUCUGAUGGUUGUGUCUCUUGCUUACAACCUUUUGUGUCUCCUCAGAAACAUUCAGGUUUCCACCAGGAGCUGCGUGAUGAUACAGGAUUCGGUCGUCUAUGGGGAUUUGUAAGGGGGGCAGUUAUUGCAGCGGUGCAAGAUUUAUUUAUAUCAGAAGUUCAUGGGAGAAAGUUUAUAUUUGUGCUUCAUGCUGAUGGGGCAUUACGUAUCUGGGAUAUCUUGACUUAUAGCAGGGUUUUGUGUCAGAGUAUAGCUGCUAAAAACCUUGAGGGGGUUAUGUGUCUGAGGUUAUGGUUGGGAAAAGCUGACUACGACUCUGGCAUCAUUCCAAUAGCUGUAUUGUAUAGAAAUAGUAUGGGUGUCAGCGUGGACGUGAUCACUGUAUAUGGCCUGCGCUUUAUUUCUGGGGAGGGGAUAGCUUUUUCACUGGAUUCUGGAUUACAGAAUAUUCCAAUGGAAGGGGGGGAAUUGCGGGAUGUAAGAUUUACUUCCGACCAGAUCUGGAUUCUAAAAGCCGAUGAUUUGACAUCUCACAUGUUGUGCCAUAUAUCCAGCGACAUGGAAGCACACUCUUACACUUUGCAGGAAGAAUGCAUUGCUGAGCAGCUAUUUUUAAGUUCUAAGAGCUCUUCACAGGAGCUUCUUUUGACAACGCAUUCACUGUUUUCAUCCGCAAAGGAGCAAAUUAUGGGAUUCAUUUCAUCACUCUUCUUACGCAGGCUUCUUUGUCCUGGAAUUUUUCACAGUGAUGCCUUGCGUCUAACAUUAAUGGACCACAACAAACGCUGGACUGAUUCUGAGUUUCAAUCUUUAAGUCUUGAUGAGCUUAAAAGCGAGAUUCUUUUACUGGUUGAGCAUGAGGUUACUGGUGAAACUUCUAUUUCAGUGUUUCACUGGUGGGAAAACUUUUGUACAUGUUAUCUCCAUCAUUGGUGCAACAAUAAUGAACCUCGGACGUUGCUGGUUCAGUCAGAUGUUAUUGGUUUAGUUAGAAAGAGUUCUGUAUCGUUGUUCUUUAGAUUAGAGAAUGCUGAGCACAGCCUUGGAGGAUUCAGCAUGAUGACAAGCUUAAGCUUGGGCAUGUCUCACAGUGAACAUGAGAUUCUGUUGGGGGUACUGAAAUGUACUUUGAAGAUCAGUAAGCAGUGGGGCGGUGCUCCAUAUGCCAUGUAUUAUGAAUCGGUUACUGGAAAGCCAGUUAUCUCAUCGGAUGAAAUAAUUUUCCGAUUAGUUGACAUCCUUGAGUCGGGAUAUGCUAUGUCCAUAGGUCAGCGUACGUGGUCGGAUCUUGGUGCUGAUAGAGCAUGGGAAAAAGAAUUAGAAGCUCAUAAAAAUCUUAGAUUGUUCUCCAUUGAUAUGUUAUUGUCUCUCUCUGCUCUAUGUCAAAGGGCUGGAUCUUGGGAAAAGGUUUUUACUAUCAUGGAGCACUAUUUGAAGUAUCUGGUCCCUAAGAAAUUUAUGAAUAACAAUAAUGGUGAGGCAUUAUCUGAUAUCUGUAGUUCUAUCCUCGUCCACGCCACUUCUCAGUUUGUGAAGGUGAUGUUUGAGUCUGCCUUUGACAUCUUCAUACUCGUUAGCUAUCUGCUUAACAUCUCAGGGCAGGUUAAUAUGUCACAGCAAGACAUAUGCAAGCUACGGCUGGAGUUGCUCCCGAUGAUCCAAGAUAUUGUCUCAGAGUGGCUCAUUGUCCAUUUCUUUGUUAACACUCCGGCCGAGUCGACGUCAUUGGAAGAUUUCAGCUUUAAACUCUCAUCUCUACAGAUUGAUAGCAGCAUUGACAAAAGAUCAUGGAACACAGUGCUGGGAAAAUGUGGUUUCUCAUUGGCGCAUAUUCUUAUUUUUAGUGACCGAAGUUGCAUUGUGGGAAGCCUAUCUAACUUGGGAUAUCUUCCAAGUUCACAAAUCAUUACACAUUUGGUACAGAACUUUAUUAGCUGGAUUCGUUAUAGUAAAAGAGGAGAGGACUCUUCGUCACUUCUAAGACGCUCAACUGAGCUUAUUCUUAGGUUAAUAAGGAAUGGACAGACUGAUGCUAUUGAGCGAAUCCUUGGGGUUGUGGAGGCAAGUUUGCGUGGGGAGAAAACAUAUGGACGUGCUCAAGAUACUAGUGGAGAUUGGUGUCUUCUUCAACAUCUGCGUGGUUGUUGCCUCCUUGAUCAAGUACAACGUGGAGCCUGUGAGAUAUCAAGAGAGAGGAAGAUUAGUGAUGCCAUCCGCUGCUUCUUCAGAGCUUCAUCAGGUGAAGGAUCUUGGGAGGCCUUGCACAGCUUGUCUGAAGAAGCAGGAUUUUCGCAUUCCACAAUUGGUGCCACUGUUUCAGAUGGUAUAAAGUCUUGUGCGACAUGGAAACUUCAUUACUAUGAAUGGGCAAUGCAAAUUUUUGAACGUUACAAUAUAAGUGAAGGAGCUUGUCAGUUUGCCUAUGCAGCCCUUGAGCAAGUAGAUGAGGCCAUUAAUUUCAUGGAAAGUAGUGAGAACGUCCCUCUACCUGUAACAGCCACCCACAGUAGAGGACGACUGUGGGCAAAUGUUUUCAAGUUCACCUUAGACCUGAAUCUCCUGAAUGAUGCUUACUGUGCUAUAAUUUCAAACCCUGAUGAGGAGAUUAAGCGCAUCUGUUUGAGGCGCUUCAUAAUAGUUCUAUUUGAAUGUGGCAAAACAAAGAUCCUCAGUGAUGGACAUCUACCUUUCAUCGGCUUAACAGAGAAGAUCACCCAAGAGCUAUCUUGGAAGGCCGGCCGUUCUGAUAUAAUGAUUAAGCCAAAUCCAUACAAGCUACUUUAUGCUUAUGAGAUGAGACGACACAAUUGGCGAAUGGCAGCAAGUUACAUGUAUCAGUUUUCUGCUCGUCUGAGAAGCGAGGCAGCAUCUAAGGAUUACAUACACAUGUCCCUAGUUUUGCAAGAGAGGCUCAAUGGACUUUCUGCUGCUAUAAAUGCAUUAAGUCUUGUUCAUCCUGGGUAUGCUUGGAUAGAUCCACUACCAGAAGAAUCCAUGCGUUAUUCAGUGAAAAAGGUUAGAAGAGAAGAAGAAGAAGAACAAUUAAGGAGUAAUGCCCAGACCAAAGGGGAGCAGAGUUGCAUUGAUAUCGAGAAACUCCAAAACGAGUUUGUUUUUACUACAGCAGAAUAUCUGCUUUUUCUGAAAAAUUUCGGGUGGACAUAUUCAGGACUUGAAAAGCCACCAUCGGACUUGGUUGACCUUCUUGUCCAGGCAAACUUGUAUGAUAUGGCAUUCACUGUUGUUUUAAAAUUUUGGAAAGGGUCAGCUUUGAAAAGGGAGCUGGAAAAGAUAUUUGAGAAUAUGGCAAUUAAAUGUUGCCCUACUAAAGGAACGCUGUGGACAUCAAAUGAUCUCAGGCCUAAUCUUAUGUUAACAUCUACGGACGAAGAAGUUACUCAUUCGCCUGAUAGAAGCCCUGCUGUUCAGGGCUCUAAGUUGGCUGGUGACUGGGAAGUUCUUGAGGUUUAUCUUAAGAGGUACAUAGACAUACACGCUAGACUACCAGUUACCGUUGCUUCAACCCUUCUUCAAGCAGAUUCUUGUAUCGAAUUGCCUCUCUGGCUGGUUGAAAUGUUCAAGGACGGUCAGAAGGAAAAAGCCUUGGGAAUGGGUGGGCAAGAAGCAAGUCCUGCUUCCUUGUUUCAGUUAUAUGUUGACUAUGGGCGUCUUACAGAGGCUACUAAUUUGCUAUUGGAGUACAUGGAAUCAUUUGCAUCAUCGAAACCAGCAGAGGUAUUGAAAAGGAAAAAAGUAUCAGGGGUGUGGUUUCCUUACACAACAGUAGAAAGACUGUGGUGGGAGCUAGAGAAAACGAUGAACUCAGGACGAAUGUUGGAACAGUGCAAGAAGCUUAAGGGACAACUUCAUCAAGCAUUACUCAAUCACUUAAAGCUGCUGAAGGUGGACUCAGAUGAUGCUGUGUCCUCUGCAACUGGUUGAAGAAAAAGAAAAUCCAAUAGAUAUCUUGGAAUGGGAGGCUUCAUGAUUUAUCAGUGUGAAUAUAUUUAUACAAAAAUCGUAUUUCUUAUGAGUUUUGACUUUUGUUAGUGUAGUUUAAAGUUAAAAACAAAUCUUUUGCUUGAGUACAUUUGUUGGUCCAUAAUUUCAUUUGAUUUCCAAAGUAAA